CUGGUUUACUCGUUUACUUUUUAAACACUCAUCAAAUAUUAAAUGAGUACCUACUCUGGCUGAGGCUCGCCUGUGAGUGCCUGCCCCUCUCCAGGCUCUCAGAAGCAUGUCAACUUGACCAUAUUCUCUGGUGUCCUAGCAACCAGAAACUCUGAUCCGCACUCUAGUCAGGACAGAGGUCAUUCCUCCCUGACCGCUAGGACUCGCAGCCUCCCCAAGCCUCUGAUGACCUGUCCGUGCAGCUGUUUAGGAGCACUGACACCACCACUUUUUUCCAAGAACCUCAGCCCCUCUGACCCACCACCCUGGCAAGAUGAGCUUCUCGCUCACAUUCACUGAGUUGGUCAAUGUUGCCAUACUGCAUUGCGGGAUGGUGAACUUCAAGGCCCAACAUCUUCUGCUCCAGGGCAUCCUGGAGCACAUCCACAUGGCUGAUCUCAAGAAGGUCCUCUCAGGCGAUGAGGACUUCCUCCAGACCUCACAGGUGAUGCUUAUGCCCAGGGAAGGAGAUGCCCAGCCCAUCCUUAGCCCCAUGAAGCGGCUCAGCAACAUCUUUGACCACGUGGUGAACCGUAUUGACAAGAUAGAGAACCAGCUGGCCAUCCUGCAGGACCUGCCCUGUGCCACCCAGCUGCUGGAGGGCAGUCAAGGGACUGGCCGGCCCAUCGAGGACCUGUGGCAUCUGAUCAAGCUGAGGAAGAUGGUGGAGGGCAAUGAAGAAGCCAUAGCAAAGUCCAUACAGACCCUGCAGGAUUUGCUCACUGAUCUUUAUGCACUCAAGGUCAAAGUUGAAGACCUCAGGAAGGAUGUGGACAUGCUAAAGGAUAUGUUUGAAAAGGUGCACCUAGAAAGACUGGAUCUCUUCUCUGAAGACUUGAAGACUCAGAACCGGCAGAUGAUUGUACUGAAGCGUGAAGUGAUGUCUCUCCAAAAAGCGAUUAACGCCAUCCCCAGAUCUGAUGACGUGGUGCUUUGGAGUGGCCUCCACGAGGCCAUGUUCAGCCCAGUGAGUGGAGGAGGAGGAGCCGGGGCAGGAAUGUGGGGAGCUGGCCUGCCCCAUCAGCCCGUUCUUCCUCAGGGGACUGCUUCACUAGAGCUGGAGCUGUCCAACAUGUGGCCGACCACAGAGCCACCUCCACAGGCUGCCUUUGCUCAGACUCAGAACCUUGAAGGUGUUGUUCACACCCAUGUGGCGGAGCUUAUCCAAGGUCCCAGGCUCCUACAGACUUCCUGGCACUCUGAUAUCCAGGUACCCCUACCAAACCAGGAAUCUGUCCAAUCACUUCCAUCUGGCAGUGCCAAGGGUCCAGGACAGCCUCAGGCUCUCAUUGCUGGGCCUGGGCCUGCAGCUGGACCUGCAACUGUGCUGGGACCAGAGUCCCACGCCAUGGCUCCAGUAGGGCCCCAUGUGACACCUGGGUUCGUACCAGCACCUUUGCCCGCCUCUGGACCUGGGACUGGCCCUUCGCCUUUCUGGGCUGAAGGUUUGCUUCAGCCUGGCACAAGUGCAUCAGGCUUCCUGCAGUCCCCUCAGCACCAGCCUUCCAAGGCGCCACCCCCAGCUCGGGAGUUUGGAUCAGCAUGGCCUCUUUCACUGCAGCCUUAUCACCCUCGCAAGGCAGAGGCCCAUCAGCUCCCAGCGGUUGAAGAAAAGGAGGAAAAAUAUUUUACCCACUAUGUGAGACACACUCAGGAGGGAUCUCCCAAGAAUGGGGAACUCAAAGAGAAGGCCUCCCAGGAUGGGUCCCCCAGAGAUGGAGCCCUCAGGGAUAGGGCCCUAGAAGCGCGACCUAAGGGCCCCAAGUCUGUCCUGCAUCGGCUGAGAACCACCAUUGCCAAUGCUGCCACUGUCACCGCUGCCCAUGCAGCUGCUGCAACCUCAGCAGCCCGGACAGCCAGAGCUGCAGCAAAGGCAUUAGAGGAUGCCCCUGCCACCAAAAUGGCUACUGAGGCAACAACCAUGGCAGCAUCCGGGCCAUUAGGGGUCUUUGCAGAUGUCCUAGGUGCAGGGAUUUCCCGCGGAGCCCUAGAAGCUCUUGGCACUGAUGAUGAGAAGCAGGAAGACUUGAUGGCAGACUAUGAAACGUUCUCUCCCCUAUCUACCCUUGGCCUCAACACUCAUGAACCAGCGCUGUCCCAGGCUAUGCUGUAUGCCACGCAGGCCAUAAGCCCUGAAGACAAGAAGAAAGCUGUCAAGUACUCCAUGAGCCACGUAGCCCAAAUGCCUGUUAGACAUGACACUUUGAAAGAAGAGUUUGCUCAUCUGUCAUCUGAUUUGCAACAGCGCUUCAAUUAUCUAGUUGACAUGGCAGGUGCCUCCAGGAUUGGAACGGCAGUGGACCUAUUGGAGGAAAGGGUUGACAACCUCCAGAAAUCUGGGCUAAAGGAAGAAGAACUAGAGAAAGUUUUGGGCACCCAACUAGAGACAAUGAAGAAUUACUAUAUAGUGCUGGAUAGGGCGGUAGAAAAGAUCCAAUAUCGCCUGGAUGACAUAAAGAUUCUCCAGUCUCAAAUCAAAUCCCUGGAGCAGAGCAAGGUGAAUAAGACCACCAUGGAGCAGGAACUGAAAGAAAAAGCCGACAGGAGUGCACUGGCAGGCAAGGCCAGUAGGGCUGACCUGGAGACCGUGGCGAUGGAGCUGAACGGCGUGAUCCAGGGCAUGUUCUUGAAGGUUUCAACCCAUGAGGAUGACUGGAAGAUCGUAAAGCAGCUGAGGAAGGACAUGGGCACCAAGCUGGUCCCCAGUGAUCUGGAUGCUCUGAAGAAAGAGGUGGCAGAGAUCUGGCAAGCAGUCAGGAAGGUGAUGAUGGAGGGCUUCCGACUUGACCCUGACCGCGCAGCAGGCUUCAAAAGGCAGCUGUUUGAGCGAGUGAAGUGCAUCUCUUGCGACCGACAGGUGGAGAUCAUGACUGGCCCACAACUGAUCACGAUCCGCAGAGCCCACCUGUUGUGGAGGCUGCGGCCAGCCAGCGCCAGCAGCUAUGAGUACCUGCAGCGGCAGCAGAUGAGGGAACAUCAGCAGCUGCAGUUCCAGGAUCUCGGCAUCCCAGAAGAGAGUUUCAACCCCCUGGGUUCCCACCAGGACUGGGGUGAUGGCCCCCGAAAUGACACCAGCCUCAAGCCCAAGUCGUGCAACCUGUCAACUCUCUACCCUUAUGGGGACCCCCAAGUGAUAGACUAUGACACUGCUGAGGUGGACAUCCUGGGAGUGGAUGGAAUCCUGUACAAAGGCCGAAUGAACAACCACACUGGGACUCGACCCUCCGCCCCUGGGGAAAAAGAACCAGCAGCCAUGAAGAUUCCAUGUCCCCCAGGUCAAAAUCUGUGUGACUGUAUGCGCUCCAGUGCCUUAGUUGAUGCCAUCUACCCCUCCCUGGGCCCUCGCACCAGCAUCAGCUCACCUGCCUUAGGCACUCCCACCACGCCCUUGGGUCGGCCACCAUCUUCUCUGCUGCCUCUGACGCUGCUGCCACCACUGAUUCCACCCCCAAGGGACCCGUAGUAGGCCUCAGAGUUCACCAGGCACUUGAGAUCUCCACACCUUGAAUCCCGAGCCAGCAUUCGGUCUGUGGAGGAGCCCACCAACCUGACUCUGGCCAAGUGAGGCCAAGCUCUUCCUGACCCAGGUGACUCCUCUUCAUGGUACCUUUGGCAGGGGCACUGGCUGGCAUAGCCCAAGCCCCUACCUCCAUGUCACAGAUGAGUAUU